CCAUGGCUGUUAUUGGCUCCCUUGCUGUCUCCAACUAUUCCCCUGGUCACCUCCCCACCUUGCUGCUUGUGUCCAGAGGGAGUGCACAGGUUCCAGUGGAUCAGGAACCUGGUUCCAGAAUUUGGAGUCUCCAGUUCCCAUGUCAGGGUGAUUUCUUCCCCGGCAGAGUUUUUCGAGCUCAUGAAGGGACAGAUAAAAGUAGCCAAGAGGCGGAUUGUGAUGGCUUCCCUCUACCUGGGGACAGGUCCUUUGGAACAGGAGCUGGUGGAUUGCUUGGAAAGCACUCUAGAAAAGUCACUCGAAGCAAAGUUCCCUUCAGACCUCAAGGUCUCCAUUCUCCUGGACUUCACCCGGGGCUCUAGAGGCAGGAAGAACUCUCGCACGAUGCUGCUCCCACUCUUGCAGAGGUUUCCAGAACAGGUCCGUGUCUCCCUUUUUCAUACGCCAAACCUCCGCGGGCUUCUCCGGCUUCUUGUCCCUGAGCGCUUCAACGAGACCAUUGGCCUCCAGCACAUCAAGGUGUACCUCUUUGACAACAACGUCAUCCUGAGCGGUGCAAACCUGAGCGACUCCUACUUCACCAACCGCCAGGACCGCUACGUGUUCUUGCAGGACUGUGCAGAGAUUGCUGACUUUUUCACAGACCUGGUGGAGGCAGUGGGGGACGUGUCCCUGCAGCUGCAGAGGGAUGACACAGUGCAGGUGGUAGAUGGGAUGGUGCAUCCUUACAAAGGUGACCGGGCUGCGUAUUGCAAGGCAGCUAAUAAGAGAGUUAUGGAUGUGAUCAACUCAGCCAGGACUCGCCAGCAAAUGCUCCAUGCCCAGACCUUCCACAGUGACUCUCUUUUGACCCAGGAGGAUGCAGCAGCUGCUGGUGAUCGGAGACCAGCCCCCGAUACCUGGAUUUAUCCACUGAUUCAGAUGAAGCCCUUUGAGAUCCAAAUUGACGAGAUUGUCACUGAGACACUAUUGACUGAGGCCGAACGAGGUGCUAAGGUCUACCUCACCACUGGUUACUUCAAUCUGACCCAGGCCUACGUGGACUUGGUUUUGGGCACACGGGCUGAGUACCAGAUCCUGCUGGCCUCGCCAGAGGUGAAUGGCUUCUUUGGAGCCAAGGGGGUGGCUGGUGCCAUCCCGGCAGCCUAUGUGCACAUCGAGCGGCAGUUCUACAGCAAGGUGUGCAGCCUGGGGCAGCAGGAGCGGGUCCAGCUGCAGGAGUACUGGCGGAGGGGCUGGACCUUUCAUGCCAAAGGCCUCUGGCUGUACCUGGCAGGGAGCAGCCUGCCCUGUCUCACGCUGAUUGGCUCUCCUAAUUUUGGGUACAGGUCAGUUCACCGGGACCUGGAGGCCCAGAUUGCUAUCGUGACAGAGAACCGAGCCCUGCAGCAGCAGCUUCACCAGAGAACAUGGUUUACCACUUGUGACCCAAGAAAUACUCCCCUGAACGGCAUUGUAAUCUCCAUCAGCUGACUUCCUUCUCCAUCCCUAUUGUGGAGUCUGUGAGGAAACUGAAGUGUUUCUGGAGCAAGAGCAGCUCUACCUGAGGUCUGGUGUGGUAUCCUCCUCCACCUUCGAGCAGCCG